AUGUUAGAGUAUUAGAAUUUUGAACAUUAAUAAUCGGAAUUAUUGGAAUGUUACACUAACAAAAAGGGAAUAACUACAUAUUUAUUUACUUGGUUAAAUUAAUUUGUAUAAACUCAUCAGAGAAACUUGGAGUAGAAAGACGUUUUCAAUAUCAAUUCCUAGGAGAGUAUCGAACAUUAGACCAUCAAAUUUCAAUUAAACAAAGAGAGCUUGAUAUAUUCACUAUUAAAAAGUUAUCCAAAACAAUGGAUUUGCAUAGUUUUGCUGAAAGUUGGACUUAUGGGAAUUUUGUUGUUAAAUCCUUUUCUUAUAAACAUGAUUGUUGAACUGUUUGAUUCACCUGGGUUGGAUAUAUGGUAAUUUUUAAAAACCACCUUGUUGUUUACUGGAUGGAUAAUGUCAGUUUAUUGUUAAGUUUCCAUAAUAAGCUUUUAUUUAAAAUAAGUCUAGAUUGAGGUGUAAGCUGCUUUGUCUUCUAUUUUGUAUCACAAAUUAUUUACUGCAUGCUUACCAUUGCCUUCCUAAGCAGAAAUAAUAAAUUUGUUUUAAAUCGAUAUUCCACAAAUAACAAUUUUGUUUGAUUGCGGAGUAUCUCUAUUUUUAACACCAUUUUAAAUCUGUGGAGCCAUUUAUAUAUACUUUUAAACAGUCGGCUUGGCAGCAUCCUUCGGUUUGAUUGGAAUGGUUAUCCAAGUAGGAAUUUCAUUGAUAUAUGGAAGUAUAUAUUCUAAUUUGUAAAAAAAGAUAAUGAAAUCAAGAGAUAGUCGUGUAUCAAAUAUGGAUGAACUAUUGAAGGGCAUUUUGACAAUAAAACAGAAUUGCUAUUAUAAAUUCUUUUUCAAUCGAAUUAGAGACAAAAGAAAUAUCGAGAUGUCCAACAUUGCCAUCUAAUAGAAAUUAUCCUUUUUUGUGAAGGCAUCGUUUUCUAUUGUUCCAGUGGGAGUUAUGUAUUUUACAAUGAAGAUUUUUGACAUCUUUAAUUUAAAAUCUGUCUUGAUGGUUACUUAGAAUUAUGCUUAAUUAAUUUCGGCUGUCAAUUUUAUCCCAUACAAUUUGGGUUAGUUAUUAAUGGCUAAAACAUCAAUAAAGAGAUAUAUGGAUUUCAUUUAAUCUAAGGAUGUAGAAUAAUAAAUGAUGCAAGCAUAAUCAGUCUAAAUUUUAAUUAGGGAAGGCAAUUUUAGAUGGAGAAAUUCUAAAAAUCAAUUUUAAUUAAAGAAUAUCAAUCUUUCAAUAUAAAAAGGGGAAUUCAUUGUGAUUGUUGGAAAAAAUGGAUCAGGGAAAAGUACUUUAUUGAAUAGUUUAUUGGGAGAAUUAGAAAAAACAAUUGAGAAUUCAUUUGUAUACCUAAAUGGAAGUGUUUCAGUAGCAUCAUAAGAACCUUUUUUGAUUUAAGGAACUAUCAAAUAAAAUAUCAUUGAUGAGUCAGUUAUGGAAUUGGAUCGAUAUCUUGAAAUUAUAAAAACAACUUAAUUGUUAGAGGACAUUCAAAGGAUGGAGAGUGGACAUAAUAGUGAAGUAGGAGAAGACGGUCAAUCAUUAAGUGGAGGACAAAGAAAGAGGGUUCAUUUAGCAAGAACUUUAUAUAGGCACAGCGAUAUCUAUUUGCUUGAUUGUCCCUUUGAAUCUUUAGAUCAUAAAACUGCUAAGAAAUUAAUGGAUGCAUUGUACUAAAUUAGUCAAAAGGAAAAGAAAACUAUAAUUAUGACAUGCAAUGAUGUAAACUAGAUUAAAGUAUGUGACAGAAUUAUUUAACUUGAAGAUGGAUCGAUCACCUAUAAUGGCAGUUUAGAUAAAUUUUAAGGGAAUUCUUAAUCAAAUGACUUAGAUUCUCUUGAUUUAAUUGAAGGUUAAUAAGUUUAAUAAGUCUAAUAAGUCUAGUAAACUACAAUCAAUUAGCAAUCUAAUAGACAAUUGUAUAGCCUAAUUGAUAAAUAAUAAAUUAUGGUUAUGGAAAGUGAAGAUAGAUCUUUGGGAAGUCUUCAAAUGGAGAUUUUCAAAUAUCUAUACCAAUUAUUUGGAAGAUAUUAGACUUUAGUGUUGACAAUUCUAUUUUGUAUAUCAGGAAUGUGUUGUUCAACAUUUUAUUAAUUGAAAUUGAAAUCCAUCACUGAGAUUUCCAAUUCAGAUCAGUCCACUGAAGAAUAAAAGGCAGAUGCAGUCGAAUAGUUUUUAUUAUUUUAUCCACUCUCUCACAUUUUGAUGGCCUUGUUCACUCUAUUUAGUGGAAUCUAUUUAACUUCAAAGGGAGUGACUGCUUCUAUGCUUCUGCAUAAUAACAUUAUCAAUAAUCUAUUAAAGGCAUCAGUAGCUGAUUUUUAUAAUGUUACUUUAGUUAGCAUAAUAAAAAAUAGAAUGACAAAUGAUAUUUUCCAAUUCGAUAUGAAUACUCCUUCUUUGAUAUCAUCCUUAUUUGAUAGCAUCUUUAGUUUUAUGGCAUCAGUAUUAGGAUGUUUAUUUCUAUCAAGUGCGUUAUCAUACCCAAUUUUGAUUUGUUAUUUGUUGUUGCAAACAUAAUAUAUGUUGAAAUACAUUAGAAUCAAUUUAGAGGUGUCCAGAUUAUAAGCAAUUUCUAAAUCUCCCUUGCUGAACACAUUAACUCAAACUCAUUAAGGUAUUUUAUUUAAUAGACAUUGCAAAUAAACUUAAAAUUAAGUAUCAUGCUUUUAUUAACAAUUUAAUGUUUAUACAAAGAAUUCGAUUUGUGCUGCUGCAUUAUCUGCUUGGUUCAUCCAAAUAACUUGCUUUUUGAUGCUGAUAAUGUAUGUAUGCAUUUUGAUAGUUAAUUACAUUUACAAAAUUGAUAAUAAGGAAUCUGCAACCAUCUCAAUGUAUUUGGCAGUAAGUCUAGGUGAAAGAUUUACUAGUUUCAUCCUAUCAUUUUAAUCAUUUUAUUCUAACAAUGUUUAUUUUGAAAGGUGUCUAUCUUUGAUUAAUAAUAUUCCAAAGGAAGAUUUGUCCACUCAAUAAUACAGCGAUUUUGAGAAUCCAAUGGAUAGAAGAAAUGACGAUAUUCAUUUCAGUGAUCAUGAUAGCAUCAGUUAAAUUGAAAUGAUGACCAUAAAUUCUGUUGAGAGUGUGUAAGAAUUGCAAGAAUAAAAUGUCCUAGAAUUAAGCAACGUGACUUUACAAUACAAAAAUGCCACUGUAUUAACAGAUGUUUCAUUCAAAUUAAAAUAGAGAUAAAAAAUUGCUAUCCUUGGCAGAACUGGAGCUGGAAAGACCAGUCUUAUGCAUUGUAUCACAAGGUUAGUUGAACCGUAUUCAGGAUCUUUAAAGGUACUUGGAUAGGAUAAUAGACACACAAGCAUUAAUAGAAUAAGAUCUCUAUUUUCUGUUGUGUCUUAAGAUCCUUUUGUUUUCGAAGGCACAAUCUAAUAGAAUAUUGAUCCCAAUAAUGCUUAUAAUCCUAUAGAAAUAAUCAGAACUCUCUCCAAAUAUGGGCUAUCUUAAGUAAAAUUAUUGGAAGAGUUGUAAUAUCAAGUAGAACCUUAUGGUUCUAAUUUGUCAUUGGGAGAAAAAUAGUUAUUAGUUUUGUGUCGAGUAUUAUUGUAAAAGAGAAGGAUCGUAAUUUUGGAUGAGUGCACAGGGAACCUAGACAAUUAAUAUUGCUAAUUAAUCAAUUUGACUCUUGAUUUAUUUAUGAAAGAUAAAACUGUUAUUGCAAUAACUCAUAAAUUAGAGUUGCUUGAUAUGUUUGAUCAGGUGAUGGUUAUGGAUUAAGGAAAAAUCGUUGCUUUGGGUUCAAAAUAGGAUAUUUUAAAUUAGUAUUUAAAUUAGAAGGUGAUAUGA